AUGGCAUCGACGACGGAAGACCCACUUCUCAAGUCCUCACUCUCGUCCAUUUCCUCGCUGAUGGCUUUACAACUCUUCUCCCGUUUAUUCACAUUCAUCUUAAACCAAGCCUUAUUCCGCCUCGCCUCUCCAAGCGCAUUCGGAGCAGCCGCCAUCCAAUUCGAACUCAUUCUAAGCACUAUUCUCUUCCUCAGUCGCGAGGGCGUGCGUAAUGCACUUCUUCGCGUCAAUAAGGACAGCUCAGACACCAUGAGGAAAAGAAUGAACUUGGCAUUCCUUCCUAUCGUGUUAGGAGCUCCCCUUGCGCUCGGGACCUCUUUUUUGUACGCCCGAUUUUCCAGCCAAGAAAUGAAAGCGCAACCACAUUUCUAUAUGGCGAUUUCAUUGUAUGCGUUGGCAGCAUUUACAGAGUUGUUGAGUGAGCCAAUGCACAACACAGCUAUGUCCCGGUUGUUGACCGGUGUACGGGUGCGCGCAGAAGGGUUUAGUAUCACAAUUAAGAGUGUCGUCACCUUUCUUGUGCUGCUACUCGAUGCGAGGAGCGGACGAGGCAAUCUUGCUCUCCUGGCGUUUGCCAUCGGCCAACUGGCAUACGCCACCACUCUUUUUCUGGCUUACAUCUCACAUUUUGGAACCGAUAUGUUCUCGUCCCUUUCACAACACUACUUGCCUAUUGACGAUGGCAGACGCGACGAUUUGUUGGAUGGAAACCUCUUGAAACUUGCGCUUACGAUGAUGUCGCAAUCUGUUAUCAAACACUUCCUAACGGAAGGUGAUAAAAUGGUUUUGUCGUGGUAUAGCCCUCUACGAGAUCAAGGUGGCUACGCCAUCGCUGUUAAUUACGGUUCUCUCAUUGCCCGCAUUGUCUUCCAGCCAAUUGAAGAAACCCUUCGCAUGUUUUUCUCGAAAACCAUCUCCGUCACCAAUGAUAAAGGCAGAAUAAAAGCUGAAGCCUUAAAGCAGUCGUCUGUCACGCUUCUAUCCUUACUCACUAUCCAAACGUCGUUUUCGUUGAUCUUCGUGAUCUUUGCGACAGCAUAUCUACCGAUCCUCCUCCCAAUACUCCUUCCUCCACAGUACCUUGCAACUAGCGCCCCAACCGUGCUGGCAGCAUGGGUAUGGUAUAUACCUGUCCUUGCCUUCAACGGUGGCCUAGAAGCGUUUUUAUCAAGUGUAGCCACGCCGGCAGACCUCAACAAGCAAAGUCGGUGGAUGAUCGGCUUCUCCGUGGUCUAUAUCUCAACUGCUAUCUUUUUGUAUAGCUUAGACAUCGGAGAUGCUUCUCUGGUCUAUGCCAACGUCAUCAACCUCUCUGCUCGUAUCAUAUACUGUCUCGCCUUCGUCGUGCAAUUCUUCGCAAAGUCCUCUCCGCCUCAAAGUUUUCGCCAUCCCUUCUUGGAAAUUGCUGGCCGUCUUUGGGCUAUCUGCCACUCUCAUCCGGAUAAGCGAAAAUUUCUUAGGAGUGAUUCAGAUAGUGGAAAGAGAAGGACGAUUCGCUUUGUUCAAGACACCCAUCCUGACACACGUCGCACUUGGCGCCACUUUAACAAUCGUCUGUAUUCUGGCGUGGUGGGUCUCCGUAGGACGUUUCCUAUCGCUACCAGGACGUGA